AUAAACCAAAAUAUUUGCCUUCAUCAAAAAACCUUACAUCUAUCAAAAUUGCACUAAAUCUUUUAUAUAAAAAAAAGACCAAUAGAAAAAAAAGAAAAAGAAAAUGGCAGCCAUGAAUUCUAGUGUAUUGGCAUGCAACUAUGCCAUAUCUGGCUCUGAACUCACCUCAAAGGUCAGUUCCUUACCUUCUAUGGCAACUCCGAUUGCAUCGGCUCAGAAAUUGCCUGUGAUCAGAUCCCAAAAGGCUAGACUUUCCGACUCUAACGAAUCGGGAAGAAGGGCCGCUCUUUUUGGCCUCGGUGCCGCCCUUUUCACCGCCGCUGUCUCCACCUCCUCCUCCGCCGCCAACGCCGGCGUUAUUGAUGAAUAUUUGGAGAAGAGCAAGGCUAACAAGGAAUUGAACGACAAGAAGAGGCUGGCGACUAGCGGCGCAAACUUUGCGCGUGCAUACACAGUUCAGUUCGGUACAUGCAAGUUCCCCGAGAACUUCACUGGCUGCCAAGAUCUUGCCAAGCUUAAGAAAGUGCCAUUUAUUUCUGAUGAUUUGAGUUUGGAGUGCGAAGGGAAGGACAAGUACAAGUGCGGUUCAAAUGUUUUCUGGAAAUGGUGAAAUCUGUAAAAAACAAACAAGUAUCUAUUUUCGAGUUCAAGAAAUUCAUUUUCUUUUGAAGUUUUCUCAUGUACCUAUUUUGCCCCUGUUGUUUUUUCUUAAUGCUUUCUAAAAUAUUUUGCUAUUGGAGUUUAAGUAUAUUA